CGGGCCUUGGCUGCUGGUUCCCGGGGGAGGCGGCGGCGGCGGCCCCACCGGCAUGAUCAUGGAGCGGCUGCUGGCCUCGGGCGGCUUCGAGGACGAGUGGGAGGACGAGGAGGACGCCGAGGUCUACGCCCAGCACGCCGCCUUCGCGAGCAUGGGCCUGCCUUGCCCCGACGUAGACGGAGAACCCUGCUGGUACUGUGAAGACGAAGGCUACGGCUACGGAGACUGGGAGGGCUCCGGCGAGGAAGAGCCGGAGGAGGAGAAGGAGCGCCCUCCGAAAGCCGGCCCGGGCACCUUCUGCGGCCUCAAGAAAUCCUUCCUGUGCAAGCCCCCUGCGCCUGGCACCUCCACGCAGGACGACACCCCAGAUCAUCCGCUGCUGCUUGCCAUGGCUCUGCCUCAGAAGCAGCAGCUGACGGCGGAGGAAGCAGAGGAGAAUGCUGAAGAGCUGGUUGCAGAGGAGGAGCGUCUCAAGAAGAAGGCUCAGAAGAAGAGGAUGAAGAAGAAGAGGCAAAAAGACAGGAAGAGGCAGGAGAAGCGUGACCAGGAACUGAAGUCUAAGCGUGAAGCUGAAGCAUCUUCUCCGCACAGUGGAGAGUUUCAGGAUGAGGCCUCCAUGGCCAGUGCCCUUAGGUCUGGCCUCCCUGGUUCAGAGGGGAAUUCCAGUGAAGCCUCUCCAGGUGGGAGCCCCAGCAGGGGGACUGAAGAGGAGGUGGAGGAGGAGCUUGACCUCACCAGCACCUUUGUUUCAAAAGCCCGCCUUAAGGUGAGCGCCAAGCCACUGCCGCCAAAGAAAGAGAAGACGGUCCAGCCUGAUAGGAAGGAGGCGGAGGAGAAAGUGAAGCAGGAGGAUCCAAAGUCUGGUCUCCAGAUGACUCCAGUGGAGCAGAGCAUGGUGCUAGCAGAGCGUGGCAAUGAGUCGGCCAAAAACGGCCGCUACCAGGAGGCUGUGCUUCUGUUCACAGAGGCAGUAAAGCUGAACCCCCGAGAAUACAGGUUCUUUGGCAAUCGCUCCUUCUGCUACGAGAGGCUGCAGUGUUACGCCGAGGCCCUGCAAGACGCGCGGCUGGCCCUCAGCCUGCACCCGGGCUGGCCCAAAGGCCUCUUCCGCCAGGGCAAGGCCCUCAUGGGCCUCAAGCGCUACGUGGAAGCCGCCAGAACCUUUGAGGAUCUCCUCCGCUUGGGUGAUUUUCGUAGCGAUGCAGCCAUCCAGCUGAAGCGGUGCCAGGUCCUGCAUCUGCUGGAGAAUGGCUUCCAUGGCAGCCCUUCUGACUGGAGCCCCUGGGCCAGGGAAGCCUAUCUGCUUCUGUCCGGUGACCAGCAAAGCAAGCAGGCUGCCGCCACCACACCCACCAGCAGCAGGAGUGGCAGUGCCUGGGCAGGAGGGCAUCUGGCCUCCCUCACAAUCACCAGCUCAGGGGCCAAGGGGACCAUGCCCUCUGCAGCACAGGCCCCGAUCAGGGAGUGUUUUGCUGUCUGGGUGGGGAACCUCACUCCCAGGGUGACCGAGGAGGUUCUGCUUCGGUACUUCCAGCCGUUUGGGCCCAUCCAUUCCAUGCGCCACCUCCCUCGGAAGUUCUGUGCCUUCAUCAACUACACCCAGCAGGAGGCAGCAGAAGCCGCCUACGCCACCUUGCAGGGCGUCGAGCUGGAAGGAAGCAAACUCCUGCUACAGCUGAAGCAUCCAGUGCACGCCACCCCUCCCCACACCAAGGUGCACGCCAGCAGCCAACAGCCUCUGAGGGGAGAGCCCCUCCGGAGCCCCCCCACCUCGUCGGCCUGUUCCUGGCUUCACAGUCUUGGACACCUCCCUUAAUGGAAGCCUCGGAGGAGAAUCUGGGGCAGCUGCCAGGCGAGCAAGGCCUGUUGUGGCCAGAGAGCCUGCUGGACUCAACUGGGGGGGGGGGGGCACACAAGCUUUCUCUCCAUCAUGCGGGGAGGGGGGGAGAAAGGGGGGGCUUUUUUCAGGGAGCGAAGAGCCACUUUUGCUGGUUUUCUUGGCCAGGCUUCUUGGGAGCCUGAAGGGUGGGUGUGGCAAUCUUGGCCCUUCUCCUCUUGAGUAGGACCUGGCUGAGUUCCAGGGCUGCUCUUCCCCUGCUUAUGUCAAAGUACACGCUUGUCAAAUCGGGAGUGCGGAGAAAUGUGUCUGGUU